AUGGCCCGCCAGCGGCUCCGGGGGUGCUGGGUCCGCGACCUCCCCGCGCUGCUGCUGCUGCUGCUGCUCCGGCCGCCGGCGACGCCGGGUAGGGAGAGGCGUGCGCCCGGGACGGNNNNCGGGACGGCGGGACGGCGGGAGGCCGGGGAGCCGCAUGGGGACGACGCUGAUCACCCCACCUAUGACGGCCGUGAGGCGGUCGGAGAGGAAAGAGCUGUCACAAAAGUAGAGCCGUCUGGGGAAAUUCACCUUGCCUCUGGUUUCUUCCAAAAAAGCACCACAUGCUCUACUCCAACAUCUAUUGAACACGCAAGCAUCCAGGUCAAGAGUUACAAUGAGAACUCCAGGGAGCGGUAUAUUUGUAACUCUGGUUUCAAGCGUAAAGCCGGUACAUCCAGCCUGACUAAGUGCCUGCAUAACGAGGACACAAACAUCACUCAGUGGACAAUUCCCACUCUCAAGUGCAUCAGAGACCCCUCCCUGACACACCAAAGGCCAUCUUCCACAGUAGUGCCUGCAGGGGUGACUCCAGAGCCAGAGAGCCCCUCUCCUUCUGGAAAAGAGCCAGCUUUCACUUCCAAAUCAGACACCACAGUGGCCACAAAGCCAGCUACUAUACCAGGCUCCAGGCUGAUGCCAUCAAAACCUCCUUCUGCAGGAACCACAGGGGUAGUCAGGAACCCCCAAACUCCAUCUCAGGCAACAGCAAAGGCCUCGGAACACACUCCCACCGCCUCGCUCGAGAAGCCAGGUGCACAUUCAUACAAUUCCACAGCUGUCAUUGUGACAGCAAUCUCCGUGCCUAUCACUGUGCUUUGUGGAGUAUGUGUGGUGGCAUUUCUUCUGGUACGUUGUUACAAAAAAUCAAGGCAAACUUCCUGGAUGCCCAGUGUUCAAAUGGAAAAUAUGGAAGAUAUACCAAUGACUGGGGGAACCAAUGGCGGAGAGGACAACACAGAAAAUGACCACACAGCCUUGGAAACUCCAGGGGAAAACCAGGGCCAGCAAGGGCUAUAG